AUGGAGUCGGGCGCACUUGUGACCGACGAGAUUGUCGUCGGUAUCAUUAAGGACGCCAUCAAGAGUUUUGAAUGCUGCCGUGGCUUUAUUCUUGACGACUUUCCACGAACGGUCCCCGACGAGAAGUUGACAAAGGAAAACACCUCGGUGGAUGCUGUGGCUAGUGGCCGCAGUAACCAUGUCAAGUUUGCUCCGUCAAAUGUGGACGGUAAGGACGACAUUACGGGCGAGCUGUUGCUUCAGCGCAAGGACGACAAUAAAGUCACGCUUGGCUCGCGUCUGGAGGAUUUUCACAAGUAG